AUGGCAGUUAAUGAUAAAAAUGAAUCAAAGAAUAAAUCAAUUUGUAAAAUAGUUGGACUUAUUUGGAUUGUUAUUGAAACUAAUCUUGUUGCAGGAAAUAUAUUUGGAUUUGGAUCUUUAUUCAGUGUAUUACCUCAUUAUGGUAUAUAUGAAUCUCGUUGUAAAAUAAUAUCUGAAAUAAUUGUUUCAAAUGAUACUAAAACUAUAACAAAAGAUUGUCAAGGACAAAUUGAUGAAUAUCAGUUUGCUUUUGCAUUAGGUAUUGGUUUUUAUAAUUUACCAGCUGUUGUUGUUGGAAUUAUUGCAGAUUUGUUUGGACCACGUACUCUUAAAUUAAUUGCAAUUAUUUUUCAUUUAAUUAGUUGGUUAUCAUUAGCAUUUCUAGCACCUGGUUAUGAUUGGCUUAUUUUCUCGCAUACAAUAUUUUCAUCUCUAGCUGGAAUGUGUGUUUUACUAUCAUCAUUUACAAUAUCAGCAAAUUUUACUAAGACACGAGGUUUAAUUACAGCAUUGAUAUCUGGUGCUCAGCUUGGUGGUUCUGUUUGGUAUGCAAAUUUUCAAAUUUUCAUUGAGAAAAAUUGGAUUUCUUUAUCGACAUUAGCAUUUAUUUGGGCUUCAUUUUCAAUCUUGAUGCUUGGUAGUGCAAUAUUUUUUCUUGACUGGCAUUUCAAAUGUGCUGAUGCGUCGAAUAAAACCAAAUCCUCAACAAAUGAAGAUGUUACAAUGAGUAGAUCGGAAGAUUCUUUAGCUCGACAUUUAACAAAUCCAAUAUUUGUUGUUGUAACACUUUUUCUUAGUUGUCUUCUUCUUACUGUAGCAUAUUUACCUGUAGUUUGGUUUCCAUGGGUUAUGCAUUUAACUGGACAUGAUUUAAAUUUAUCUAAUCGUUAUACAUUCGCGUUUAAUAUGAGUACAAUAUUGAGUAUAUUGAUUGCACCAAUAUGUGGCUUAAUUAUUGAUUAUAAAGCCGAUCGAGGUCAUUCUCAACGAAUGCUUAAUGUUUCUAUUGUACAAACAACAACUUGGCUAGCAACAAUAAUUCUUUGCAUUGUUUGUAUGUUCCGAUCAAUAGCUGCUCCUAUCGCUGCUAUAUUAAUUUUCCUUUUUUCACGUACAAUGCUCGUUGCUGGAUGUCAAGCAGUUAUAACUACAACAUUUCCAUCUCAAUAUAUUGGUACUCUUCUUGGAGUAAUGUGGACAACAGCAGGCAUUGUUAGUUUUGUUACAUAUGGUUUAACACGUCUUGCAACAAAUCCAAUAUAUGCUUGGAGAGCAUGGUUAGUAAUUUUAUGUUUAUGUGUAGCGAUGGGUGGACAUGUAAUUCAACUUUGGAAUUUAUAUUUAAAAUCAAAAAAAGAAACAAAAAAGCAAAUAUCAACAAAUAAAGAAGAAAUGAAAACACUUAAAUCAUCGAUUGAUGAUUAG